AUGGAAGUGCUCACCACCCAUCGACCAAUGCCCAGCUGGUUCCCAGACGAAGCCGAUCGGGUACCCGCGGCCGGGCCUGAGGCGCCGCCGCCGCCCGCCCCGGCCCCGCUCCAGCUGAAAACCCGCGUGGGGCUGCGUGAGCUCAGCCGCGGCGUGCGGGGCGAGGAGUACCGGCGGGAGGUCUGCGUUCCACCCGUGGGAGUUUCCAAAGCCUGUUCAUCGUGUGUGAGAACUGCUGAUGUCAAGGAAGCGUGUACGCAGUGCGACCAGUUCGUCUGCCAGAACUGCAGCAAGCUCUGCAGCUGCUGUAACACAGUUACCUGCUCUUUGUGCUCCACUAUCGAUUAUGGUGAUGUGGGAGAGCAAGUUCUCUGCAAUGGUUGUUCAAUAUUUCAAGUCUGAAAGUUGAUGAAAUAGCCUUUAUGGCUAAGACGUCCAUAAAUUUCAUGAAGUCUCCUUACGGCUGGUCAGUUAAUCCUUUUAGCAUGUGAAUUAAUUAUGGAAUUUCUAUGUUUUAUAUCUUUAUAUUGUACUUUUUAAUAUUGUAGCUAAAUAAACUUUUAUAUUUUAAGGCUUU